AUGGAAUUUGCAAUUAUUUCACACAACAUUGAUUUUGUUACAUUCUUGAUGAAUGAAUACAAUUUAGAGAUAGGUUUAUUAUAUUGUUGCAAGUAUAAUAAUCUUGAGGCAUUUUUAGUUUAUUACGAUCAAAUUAAUCAUGUUCAAUAUUGUUUUUUUAAUUCAUUGAACCUUGGAAUUCCAUCCCUUUGUAAAUAUUUCCUUUUGCAUGGUGCAAAUAUCGAUGAAAAAGAUAAAAAUGAAGAAACCGCUCUUCAUAGGGCAGCAUAUCAUAAUUAUAAUAUUACAGAAAUUCUUAUUUCACCUGGUGCAAAUGUCAAUGAGAAAAAUAAAAAUGGACAAACAGCUCUUCAUAUUACAGCACGUAAUAACUGUAAAGAAAUAACCGAACUUCUUAUUUCACUUGGUGCAAAUAUUAAUGAGAAAGACAAUAAUGGACAAACAGCCCUUCAUAUUGCAAUGUAUCAUAUUUUUAUAGAAAUGGCCGAACUUCUUAUUUCGCAUGGUGCAAAUGUCAAUGACAAAGAUAAUCAUGGAAAUGCUGCUCUUCAAAUUGCAACGCAUUGUAAAUGUAAAGAAAUGACUGAAUUUCUACUUUCGCAUGGUGCAAAUAUCAAUGAAAAAGACAAUGAUGGAAAAACCGUUCUUCAUUAUGCAGUAAUUAGCCAUAGUAAAGAAACUGCCAAAGUUCUUUUUUCGCAUGGUGCAAAUAUCAAUGAAAAAGACAAUGAUGGAAAAACCGUUCUUCAUUAUGCAGCCAUUAACCGUAGUAAAGAAACUGUCAAAGUUCUUCUUUUACAUGGUGCAAAUGUUAAUGAAAAAGACAAUGAUGGAAAAACCGCUCUUCAUUAUGCAGCAAUUAACCGUAGUAAAGAAACUGUCAAAAUUCUUCUUUUACAUGGUGCAAAUGUUAAUGAAAUCGAUAGAAAUGGAUAUUCUCCUCUUUAUCUCGCAACAUUAAAUAAUAAUAAAGAAAUAGCUGAACUUCUUAUUUCCUAUGGUGCAAAAUAA